AUCGCAACACUCCCACCAUUUGUAGCUUCACACCCACCAGAAUAAACUCUCUCUUCGAUACGCAACCACAAAAGUGGGGUUUUGAUCUUGUUUUCUUUUACAGAGAUUAUAACAAAAUUCUGGUUGUUUUCUGAUAUGGGUAUUUUGUUUUCUUCUGCAAAUUUUCUUUCAGUGUAUCCAAAGGUUAAGGUUAGAACACAAGGCCAAGGUGAUCAACGUGCUGAGCAUCAUCAUAAUUGGAAUUCUUUGCUUUCUUUCAAGGAUAUCCAGUUUCUCUUAUUACAGGAUUCUUGUUUUCCAGUGAAGGAGUACCGAGAUGUUUUUGCGCCACUCACUGCCAGAAUUCCCGAGACUUAUGUACCAAAAGUACUUCCGCCAACCCUAAUAGAGUCUGCCUCAGAAGAACUAGACAAGAAAAGCAAUUCUGAUGAGGAGGAUAGACCAAAUAUUAGAGCCAGCGCAGUUCCCCGUCCACGUGCUGUCGUAUCUAGCCCCGACAAUGACGCAGUGAUUGGAAAUAAAAACAGAGUGAAAGCAGUGCGGCCUUCAGCUUUGAUGAAUCAUCAUUCUGUACAAAGUAGACAUGCACAAUGUAAGGUUGCCCCAAGUCAAGCCGUUGAUGGAAGUCCUCUGAACACAUGGAAGCCCAAAGACACUGUGGAUAAUAAUCUUAAAGGAAAGAAAUUGUCAGCUACUGAAAUAUCAAGCCAGAGAAGAAAUAUUACAAAUAAUAAACCGAGUUCUGCAAGAAUCCCAGAGUUUUGUCAUACGCACUAGGCCUCUAGUCAAGUCACCAAUACAGAGUUCUUUUGUUUCCUCGGGAAUAUCACAGACUUGGUUAAAAAUUACACUUCUUCUAUACAAAUGAAUAUACAUGUAGAGAUAAUGUGAGUGCAGGAUUAUCCUACUUCCACUUUCUGAAUAUUACUUGAAUAUUUAAGUUUUCUCUUUCC